UGAACAGAAGGUGUUUCUGCAUGCACUGCCAGUGCACUGGUCUGCUGCAAGGGAUUGAGCAUCUCUCUCCUCCCCGUACACCGCGGCUGCCUUCAGCCUCAGCAUCUACAGCCUCCGCAGACCACAGGAAAUGAGCUUCAUGCAAAGAAGAGCAAGCUGAAGAUUCGAGUCUUUCUUCAAACACUAUCAUUCCAGAUCUUUGGAUACUACUACUCUAUAAAGAACUAAAAAAGGAACGAACAAAAAAAGAAAAUAAUUAUGCAGAUCACACAGCUUUAGCAUGGGUAUAAUUGUGAAGAAGCGACCACUUACAGAAUGCCAACAAGCUUUAUCAAAUGUACAUUGUGCAGGUCAGUGAUCACUUUAGGUCAUGGAUGGUGAUUUGCGACGACAGAUCGGGAGUCUUUGACGAGAAGGGAGGAAAGAGAGGGAGAGGGAGAGUUUGGAGUGGAUUAUUCCCUCCUUCGUGCGUGUUUUUCCCCCGCUCAUCUCUCCCACAGAUCGGCGCAGUAGUCAAUGCAGAGGAACGGCGGAGAGAGGACAGCGCUCAUGCAUGCAGCCCGGGAAACUUGCACUUCCUAUCAGCCUGCUGAAUGCCACUUGGAUUCCUUCUCUUUUUGGCUCUUUCACACGAGGAGAACUAAGACAUUGUAAGUCUGCCAGGAUCUGGUGUCCGAUGAAAAGGAGGGGGGGUUGAAUUUGUACCACACUGGGGUCUUUUUUAGUUUCGCACAUAAUUAGUGUCUGCACAAAGGGAUCAACUGAAUAGAGGUUGUCAGCCUCUGGAAAGGGGUGAGUAGGCAUCCUUUCAUGUGCGAUUGAUUCUCGAGUAGAGCAUUUUUUUUUUACCUCCCUGUCUCUCUUUUCCUUUCUCUGAUCUAACAUGAGCGAAGUGACUUGUCGUUUAUUUGCCGUCGCUCUUCUCCUUUCGACGUGGCUGGAUUUCUUGAUUCUUUAAGUAACAAAUCACCAUCCAUACUCUCUAUAAAUACAUAUCAAGACUUGGGGAGUAACAAAUGACCAAAUCCAGAAUGACCAAGAUUUGAAAGAUUCAAUGGACUUUUUCUCUUCAACACUGCAGGAUAUUCAUGCUAAUGGAUUUCCUUCUAAUUGGUCUGUACCUAAAGUGGCCGCUAAGGAAGCCCCCUGGGCUGAUACUGUGCUCCCUGGGAAUUGUUCUGAAAAUAGUUCCUUUGGUGGGGGGGAGCUGUCCGAGGCUGUGCCGAUGCGACAACAAGCAGUUGUAUUGUGAGGGACUCAACCUGACAGAUAUCCCCCAAAACCUGAGCAGCGCCAUUGGUUUGUCCCUACGUGAGAAUAACAUCUCUGAGCUGCGGGAAGGGAACUUUGUGGGCCUGUCACAGCUUACCUGGCUCUACUUGGAUCAUAACAAUAUUGAGAUUGUCGAGGAGAGUGCUUUUGAGAGGCUGCGAAGGAUUAAAGAGCUGGAUCUGAGCACCAACCGUAUAGAAAGUCUGCCCAACGGGACCUUUAGACCUCUGCCCAAUCUGCGAAUACUGGAUUUAUCCUAUAACAGACUUCAGUCCUUGGAGCCAGACCUUUUCCAUGGCCUUAGGAAGCUUACCAAUUUACAUUUGCGCUACAAUGCCCUUAAAUUCAUCCCUGUGCGGAUUUUCCAGGAUUGCAGGAGCAUGCAAUUCCUGGAUCUGGGUUACAACCAGCUGCAGAGCCUGGCACGUAAUUCAUUUGCCGGACUCUUCAAGCUUACUGAGCUGCAUCUGGAGCACAACGAGUUGGUGAAAGUCAACCUAGCCCAUUUCCCCCGCCUCAUAUCCCUGCGGACUCUCUACAUGCGAAACAAUAAGGCCACCAUUGUGGUCAACACCCUUGAGUGGACCUGGGACUACUUGGAGAAGAUUGACUUCUCCAACAAUGAGAUAGAGUACAUCGAGCCACAUGUGUUUGAGAGUGUGCCCAAACUGAACACUCUUAUGCUGGACUCUAAUAAACUGACUUACAUAGAUCAACGGAUUUUGGACUCAUGGACAUCCCUGAGCAGCAUCUCACUGUCAGGGAAUGACUGGGAAUGCAGCAGGAAUGUCUGUGCCUUGGCUUCCUGGCUUAGCAAUUUCCAGGGACAACGUGACAGUGGCCUGUUGUGUGCCAGCCCGGACAUUGCACAGGGUGAGGACAUUCUGGAUGCUGUCUACGCUUUUCAGUUAUGUGAGGACAAUGUGGAAGCAACCACACAGACCUUCACUGUCACCAGAAACCGACCCCGAGGCUUCAUAUACGAGGGCCCAACAAAAAAUCCCUACGACCUACAGGACAUGGAGGGUGGGGAAGUGGUGACCAACUCUUUAACAGUGACCGCGUCUGCUGAUGACCUGGAGAGCACCAUGAAGAUUCACAAAGUGGUGACAGGAACCAUGGCCCUCAUUUUCUCCUUUCUGAUUAUGGUCCUCAUGCUCUACGUGUCGUGGAAAUGUUUCCCAGCGGGUGUCAGGCAGUUGAGGCAGUGCUUCACCAGCCAGCGUCGCAAGCAGAAGCAGAAGCAGACCAUGCAGCAGAUGGCUACUACGUCUGCAUCCGAGUACUACGUUGACUACAAACCCAACCAUAUUGAUGGGGGACUUGUCAUCAUCAAUGAGUAUGGUUCUUGCAAGUGCCAGCAACAGGCAUCUCGAGAGUGCGAAGUGUGAUAUUCCACCCAUGUCGUUUUUACAAAUCAAUGUACGGGUGGAUAUGGAACAUACGUUAACUUGGCACCCAAUUUCGCUGCUCUCAAAAGGAGCUACAGUUCUGGAGCGUGAAUGGACUGCAAACAUGGAUUUAGUGCUGAUUUCAACAGCCUCGUGGGGAAAUCUGACUGUGAGACCCGUGUACUUGAUGCAAAAGAUGUGGAAUGAUUAUGCUGACCUGUCCUGGCUUCUCUUGUGAAGAGUGGAUAUUUGAGCUUUAAUGUGUCUUUCUACUUCAGGAUAUUCUAGGACACUUCUAAAGCUACCGAGGACAUCAAGAACACCAUGGUAACAAACAUACGAACAGACACAAUUGAAGUGGAAAACAACAAAAUAAAGAAACCCUAAAAAAAUACAAGAUUCUAUGUAAAAUAUGUUAACAGCAGAAAUGCAAGAGUGGGGAUAAAAAUGCAAGAUGUUAUCCUAUUUCUUUUGUAAUCUAUGGAGAAAAAAAAAAAGGAAAAUACAAAUGUUUAAAUAAAUGAAUUGCAAUUCACAGUACUCAUUAUUGCAGGUGAGUUGAAGGGUUGCUUUUUUGUCCAUCAUCAUGGGGGAAAGAUGAGCUCUGCAGUAUUGCAGGAUGUAAAUAAGCAGGGCUGUUGGGAGCGCUUCACUUCAUUUGAAAUGUUAAGCCUCAGUCUAAGAUUCCGAUCUCCUCGUCUCUCCCCAAGAUAUAAUCACUGUGCAAAGCUUGAUUGCUAUGGCUGUUGCAGUUGCCCCCCCUUGUACCUAUCCUGAAUAGAUUAAGCAAACUAGCAAAAACAAAACAGGCUGACACGAUUUGAUCUGAUCCCACAUGAUAAAGUCAUUUGUGUGUUGUGCAAAUAAACAAGACACGGAGUGUCUAAGACCUAAUUCCUUCACUGCUUCCACAGAGACAACAUGCAUCUCAACCUAGAGGUAAAAGUCAGAGUGAAAGAAGGCCUUAGGCAUUUGAAUCUAAAUGUACUUGAAAUGGGUGCAUUAAAUUAUCCAUGAUGAUUUUGUUUUGCUUUGGAAAGAUUAGCAGGAUUCUAGAUGUAUAUUUCACUGACAAUUUCUGUUUAAAUGUCACAUUACUUUUAAAACGUGCCCUGUGGUCACCCGUUGUUUAGUGAUCAUCCUGAUGGUUUGUCAGAUCGUGUGCGUCCUGCAUCAGUGGCGAUUAUGCUGGUGAAAGCACAGGGCCUCUGAGAGAAGGUACAGGCUGCUCCCUAGUGUUCACACCAGCAGUAGAGGAAGACGAGAUACCGCAGCAACAAGCCCGUGAAUUUCUCUUGCCCAGGCUUUGUGUGUGUGUGUGUGUUUGUGUAAACGCCUGUUGCUUGUCUAUAUGCAUUCUCUAAGCUCAGCUCAGGAUUACUGCCACAGCGUAAAGAACCUAGACCGAAUAACAAAAGCAGGCUGGUCAUAAAUACGAGAGAUCUCACUUCGCAUUAACUGUGUCGUCACUUCACUCACUCGGCUGUUAUAAUAAUGAAUUUGUUUAGUAAGCAUAGGGGACGUGCCACUGUGAAGAUGUGUGAGAAUGUGUGUGUGUGUGCGUCUGAGCGCAUGUAUGUGUAUGCAUUUACAUUUGACUAUUUAAGUGAGUGUGCUUUUUUUUUGUGUCGUCUCCUGAAAAAGGUGGAACUCAGCUUGUUCUGACCAGCUGCAUGUGUGAAGUUAUAUUCAUGUGUCAUGUAUGACUGGGACAUGCCUUAAAGGGACAAUGUAAGGCUGAGCAGAUAUUUUUACAAUCAAAUCAAAACAGUUUUAUUAUGGAUUCCAAAGUCCCGCCCCCCCUUUGAGUCAUUUAAUACUUGAUAUGAAACUGUUCUAUUUUCAGCACUGUAUUUGAUGCGUAUAUGAAGCUAAGCCAAGCUAAACCAAUAAAAUGUACUCCUACUGUUGUAAAUGAUACACAAUGUGACACGCUUCACCCUUUUCUGAUUAAUUUCUGACUUUUUUUUUUGCUGUUUAUGCUUAUAUUUUUUGUCAGGUGAAGGUAACAAACACCUAAUCAGACAUUUCUCGGACUGCAAUGUUUUUCUAUCCCCAUUUUUGUUUCCUUUUGUUGAAUGAUACUGUUCAUGGCAUAUUUUUGAAGCAAAUCCCUCAAUAUGUGCACUCCAACAUGUGGUUGGGUUUUUAAUGAAUCCUCUGGAGAGUAUUAAAAAAUAC